UAUGGCCGUUCUUAUGUUCAUUUGUCAAUGUGCUUUUUUUUUUUUUUUGAGGUACCAUAUUGCAAUUCUUUUCAUACUCUCUAGACAGAGACAAUAAUAUCAUGGUGUCCAUUUGUGCUUUCUGUCUAAGUAAAAAGCAAGGAAGCCUUAACUUAUUUCCUGUUCAUUUCUCAUUGUGUACAACAUAGCCUUGUUGAUGUAUUCUGUAUAUCCUCAUAAACCAGUGACUAAAAUGGAAAGGAUUUGAAGAGGCAUUGCUCAUGGGAUGCUGGAGGUGUGGCACUGUAGCAGCUUGGAAAACACUCUGGCUUUAAAACAGUAACACCUAUAAUUACAGAUGCAUCAUCACCUCCAUAUUUUUUUUCUUUUUUACUAACAAGCUGUAGUCAUAGCGUGUGUACACCCUUACCAAAAUCUGCCAAGCAUUUGCUCCUGGGAUAAUGAUGGUGGUGGUGGGAAUAUCAAACAUCUUUUUCUCCAGGCACUUGUAAAACAAUACAGCAGUAAACAAUUCAAGUGCAAUUAGCAGCCUGCCUUGGUGGAGGGGGAGGGAAAAGUCCCACUGCUCUUAUUGUCUAUGGAAUUAAUCACGUUUUAUAGAGUUAAUAUACUGAUUUAAAAUUUGCAUAGUCAAAAACAAGAGCCAAGAAGUUUACAAUAAACAAAGUUUAUUCUGGGUUUAAAUGUAUAACAUAAAUACCUCUAAAGCACUUCAGUAAGAGAAAAAAUAGCUUCUAUCAAUGUGCAAGCUAUCAUCUAAGAAUUGCACUAUAUAUUUUCUCCUGCUGUAGUUUCCUAUCAGAAAACAAUGAAGUAAAAUAGAAAAAAGGUGAAAAAGACUCUAAUUAUAUUUAAAAAAUGUAACCUGCCUCUUCCAAUCACAUACAUCUAUAACAUAUUCCACGGUAUGUCAAGUGGGUGGGGUAGAUUGUGAAGGUUAGUAUUUUGUUGCUGCUUUUUGAUAAUUGAGUCUAUUCAGUAAUACAAUGACAUAAUGAAAUUAUGUACUUACUCUCUUUGAAGAUUACUCUUAAAGUACAGCUAAACCAUCUUUGUCUUUGCAAAUAUUUAUUUGCAAUGAUUUUCCUCUUAAUUAUUUAAAAUAUAAUGAAUUAGGCAUAAGUACUUUGCCAUUAGUGUAAUUUAAAGUGUAAUUGCACAUCAGAAGCAUCUUCGGAAUAUGCUUCUACAGUAUUUACUUUUCUGCCAAAAGGUGGCGUCCUACUACCAUGCCCUUUCUUGUGUGUGAAAAUCUUCCUGCUUUAAUUUGCCAAGAAGAAACUUCCACUUGAUUACUGAUCAAGAAAUUAAAAUGUGCUCUAUAUGAAUGCAACGUGACAGUGUUGAAAAUGAACAAUAUGGUAAGAAGCAGUUAAGUUCCCCACUAACAUAUAGUACAUGGACAUGCAGAUUUUCACCACUUCAGCUGACUAGACACUGAAAUAUACAAAAUCAUAUAGAGCAACAUUGAAAAUAAGCUCCCCCCUCUUUAGUGAGAACCUUGUUUCUGAAAGUCAAAUAUGAGGUGAGUGCAAUUACCAAAAAGCAAAGGAAUGGAAAAAAUGAGAUUAUUAACAGUUCCCACUUAGUUGAAAGGAAAUAGUUUCUGCUAACCAAGUAUGUUGUUGCUCAAUAAUUCCUAGAAUCAAAUUGCCAUCUAAAUUGUUCCUUACAGAAUGCUGCAGAAUUGCUGUCACACUAUUACACUGGAUGUUUCUGGGUCCUCAGCACCUCUGAAAUCACCAGGCCACUGAUUUAGAUACCUAAAUAUAAAUGUAGAAGUCUAGCUUUAAGCACCUUCUUUUAUAAAUCUGGCUAUUAUCUUUAUUUCUGAAAGGGUGUGAUGCUUCAAUACAUCACUUAUUGUAGAUAUGCUCACGGGGCAAGCUGAACAUUUUAGAGUGGAAAGGUAAAAUGUUCAUCUUCAAUCUACGCAGCUGAUCUCUGCUGGGCGUGCUAUAUGCAGCCCUCUCAAACAUCAGACACCAGUGGGCAUUCUUCACACAGAAUAAGAUAGACUGUGUGGGGGGGUUAGCAGGAAAAAUUCUACAUUUAUAAUUUUAACUAGGGGGACUGCUACCACCACUCAGUGGGUAGGGCCUGUCAGUUCCUCCAUUUCAAAUUACGGCGAAAUCCUGACCCUGUUGAAGUCACUGGCAAAACUGCAAUUUAUUACAAUGGGACCAGCAUUUCAUGCUUGGAGUUUGUUAAUCUCUUGUCCUCUUUGCAGUGUCAUAUGCUAGGUCAGACACACAACAGUUGGUUGUAUAGGAGUAACUAUCACUGAACUGAACAGCAGUAGUCCUAAGAGUCCAACUAAACUCCACAAAGGAAAUGCCACUCAGAUAUAGAAUAAAUAUGGCAAAAUUACAGUUCUAGGUUUUAACUCCCUUCAUUUAUGGCAGUGUGGUUCAUACCACAUAAGCGAAAUGGUACUUGGGCAUGAUACUAUUAAGUAUUAGUAACACUUGGAACAAUAGAGAGAGUUAAAAAAUUCAGUUUUUUUUAACUUAAUACAUUUUUACUCUGAAGCUGCUGAAGUGAUGAGUUUUACUAUUAUCAGUUAGAUGGACACUGAGGAUCCAAUCCUGCAGUCAUUCCUCAGUCAAAACACCUACCAAGAUCAAUGGGAAUUUUGUUCUAAACAUGGAAUGCAGGCUGAGGGUCCUGCUGCUAAGGCAAGAUCCUGUAAGGUCUGAAGUCAUGCACCAAUGGGCCUUCUCAUGUGAGUAUGGGCAUCUCAUGUAACGCUUCGUAGGAGUGGGCUCUUGGUUUACUAAUGGCCUACUUUCCUCUGCCUGGCACUGGUAAAAAUAUUUAUUGGUUAUUUUAUACAUAUUAUUUAUUAACAAUUUAGCUGUGCAAGUAAGUCAUUAUAUUAAGCACUGUAGCGAGGGAGUGCUUUCACCAUAGGACUGGGGGGUCAGGAAUUCUGGAUUCUAUUUCCAGCUUUACCACUGACUCAUUGUGUGAUUUUAAGCUGUUAAUGUGGCCUCUCUGUGCCUCGCAUACCUAUCUAUAAAACAGGGUAAUUUUCCCCUACCUUACAGGGAUGUUGGGAGGCUCAAUUAUUUUUUGCAAAGUGCUUUGAGAGCCUCAUAAAAGGCCCUGAAUUAUAAUUGAUAGCGCAAAAUUAUUACUUUUCAAACUGGUUAUAAAUUUGAUUUUUUUUUUUUAAAGAAAGGCCUGGAUCCUGUUAUGGGUUAAAGUGUUUAAAAAACACAGAGGUUUGUGAGCAGGAAGACUGCAACCUAACUGUUCCAAACUGGCUUCACGAAAGAAAUGCCAACAUACUAUUAACUAGCCACUACUGCUAUGGCCUUGGUAAUAUAACUCUUCAGUGGUACCCAUCCUAUUCCCCACACCCUUUUUAUUUUUCCUUUCUUAAGGAGGGGAGUUAAUUUAGUGCUAAGAGUUUAGAAAUAAUGCAGCAUUUAUUCAGCAUCCCUUGCCUCCUUUAUUGGAUUUCUCACAGGCGAUUUAACUUCAAGCCUGGUUGCAACACACUAACAAAUCUCAUCCCUUUCCCCCCCCCCCCCCACCCCGAGCACGGGAUGUAAACUACCCGCAGCAGUUUCCUCCUGACCGGUAUCUCUGCAACAGCAGGUAACUUGUGUUAAACAACGCAUCGCCCCAGACUCCGAGCCUGUUCCUAGAAGGAGCAGCGAAGGGGGGUGGGAAAAAAACAAAACAAAAGAAGCGACUCGCGAUUGUAAGGCACUUUCUCCCAGCGGCGCCUUGCCCGGACUCACCCCAGCCCCAGCGCGCGUGUAAGCGAGCUCCGUGCCCGGUGGAAGGCGAGACUCGCUCGCGGCACACGCCCGUUUCCUUGCACACUGGGGCUUGUCCUUCUGCUGAACUUUCACCUCCCGAACUCGCCUGCUUUCAUUGGAUCGGGUGCCGAAAAAACCGAGAGAGGGGAGAAGCCGCUCGCUUCAGCGCUGCCUCCGAAGCGCUCGCACGCUCGCUGCCCGGCGCUGGCUCCAGACGGUCUCUCCCCGGCCCGCACCGGCUCUCCUCGCCUCGGGACGGGAACGAGCCCGGCCAACAGUUGUCUCGCCCCGCUCGCUAGCCCCCACCUUGGCCCCAGCUCGGUUGCUUCCCCGUCUCCCCCCUUUAGCCGAGCGGCUCUGCCCUGCACCCCCCCCCGCCAAAGCCCUGUGCCCCGGUUCUCCCCCCUCUCUCCUGGCUGCGCUGCGCCCCCCGGCUCCUCUCCCUCUUUUGCAACUGCGAGCGCUCCCCGCGUGCGUGUGUGUGCGCGCGUGUGUGUGUGUGUGUGUUUUUUUUUCUUUGCACCGAGCCUUGUUGUUUACCCAGCAGGUGGAUGUGACGUCAGAGACUCAUAACAGCAAAAAAUAACAACAUCUCCCUCCGCGGGGGUGUUCUUUCUCCCCCCCCCCACCCCCCCGCAGCGCUUUGCCUCCUUCUUCUUCCUCCCUGUCGCCAAACUCCAGAGUGGCCGCGCAAGGCGCCUGGAGCCGAGCCCGGGAGCGGCGGGGGGCUGGGAGCCGCGAGCCGGGCCGGCCCUGCCAGGCGCUGGGCUCCCCGGGAAGCUAGUCCCGAGCGGAGGGCUCUAUUGUUAUUGAUUGUGCGGCUGUUGCACGCUGUGCCUGCUGCCCAGGCUCGGCGCAUGGGGCUUGCCCGGCUAGAGUGCAGGGAGGGACGGGCAGGCAGACUCACCCGCGCUGGGGGGAGCCCGUAGUGGGCACCGACAGGCCGUCUCCAGCGGUCAAUCGCCUGAGAACCACUUUCUGAGUGAUUCCAGCUUCCGAACAUGUUUCCCAUGGUAGGGGUUUUGAUCCCUUGCCAGAUUUGCCCUGAGCCAUGAGUGAAUAUGUGUGAUACCCACAAGUAAAACUGUGCCAAUUAGAUUGGAAAAUACUUCAGAAGAACAGCAUCUUUGUGGAUGAAUUUCACUCAGCCAUAAAUAGAGAGGACUGUAAUACUGUUUUGGUCAAAAGAGCAGUUACUGGGGUAAGAAGAGUGACCUUUUUGGGUGGCUGAAACUGAAGAUUGCUUUGCAGAAGCAACGAAAGUAGGUUUUUGAGUCAUGAUGCAAGAAUCUGGGAUUGAGACAAAAAGUAACGGUUCAGCUAUUCAGAAUGGAGCAAGCAGUGGCAACCAUUUACUAGAGUGCAGUCUGCGGGAAGUGAGAUCCAACGGUGAGACACCUUCAGUUGAAAUUGGGGCUGCAGAUUUAGCACAUCUUCAGCAACAGCAGGCUCUGCAGGUGGCACGACAGUUUCUACUGCAGCAACAGCAGCAGCAACAAGUUAGUGGAUUAAAGUCACCCAAGAGGAAUGACAAACAACCAGCCCUUCAGGUUCCAGUGUCAGUGGCUAUGAUGACACCUCAAGUUAUCACUCCCCAACAAAUGCAGCAGAUCCUCCAGCAACAAGUGCUAACUCCCCAGCAACUCCAGGUCCUGCUCCAGCAGCAGCAGGCACUCAUGCUUCAACAGCAGCAGCUUCAAGAGUUUUACAAGAAACAACAGGAACAGUUGCAGCUUCAACUUUUACAGCAACAACAUGCUGGAAAACAGCCUAAAGAGCCACAGCAACAGCAAGUGGCUACACAGCAGUUGGCCUUUCAGCAGCAGCUCUUACAGAUGCAACAACUGCAGCAGCAGCAUCUCUUGUCUUUGCAGCGCCAAGGUCUGCUAACAAUCCAGCCUGGCCAAGCUGCUCUCCCUUUGCAGCCUCUUGCUCAAGCAUUUGCUGCCUUCCACUUCCAAACUGAACGUUACCCUCAUACACUGAAAGGCAUGAUUCCAACAGAACUGCAGCAGCUCUGGAAAGAAGUGACAAGCUCUCAUACAGCAGAGGAAACAGCAAGCAACAACCACAGCAGUUUGGACCUGUCCACCACAUGUGUCUCCUCUUCAGCACCUUCUAAGACCUCCUUAAUAAUAAACCCACACGCCUCAACUAACGGACAGUUAUCGGUCCACACUCCUAAAAGGGAGAGUUUAUCCCACGAGGAGCACUCACAUAGCCAUCCGCUCUAUGGACAUGGUGUAUGCAAAUGGCCAGGCUGUGAAGCAGUUUGUGAAGACUUCCAGUCAUUUCUAAAACAUCUCAACAAUGAGCAUGCGCUGGAUGAUAGAAGUACAGCCCAAUGUAGAGUACAAAUGCAGGUUGUUCAGCAGUUAGAACUACAGCUUGCAAAAGACAAAGAGCGCCUGCAAGCUAUGAUGACACACCUGCAUGUGAAGUCAACUGAACCAAAAGCCACCCCUCAGCCUCUGAAUCUGGUAUCAAGUGUCACACUGUCAAAGACUGCCUCUGAGGCUUCUCCACAGAGCUUACCUCAUACUCCGACCACCCCAACUACACCCAUCACUCCUGUCAUCCAGGGACCUUCUGUCAUCACUACCACCAGCAUGCACAACGUUGAACCAAUCAGGAGGCGGUGUCCUAAUAAAUACAAUGUGGCCAUUUCUUCAGCAGAUCUUGCUCAGAAUCAAGAAUUUUAUAAGAACGCAGAGGUUAGACCACCAUUCACGUAUGCAUCUUUAAUUAGGCAGGCCAUCCUCGAAUCUCCAGAAAAGCAACUAACACUAAAUGAAAUCUACAACUGGUUCACACGAAUGUUUGCUUACUUCAGACGCAAUGCAGCGACAUGGAAGAAUGCAGUGCGUCAUAAUCUUAGUCUUCACAAGUGUUUUGUGCGAGUAGAAAACGUUAAAGGGGCAGUAUGGACAGUGGAUGAACUAGAGUUCCAAAAACGAAGGCCACAAAAGAUCAGUGGUAACCCUUCUCUUAUUAAAAACAUACAGACCAGCCACACCUACUGCACACCUCUCAAUGCUGCUUUACAGGCUUCAAUGGCUGAUAAUAGUAUACCUCUAUACACUACUGCUUCCAUGGGAAAUCCCACUCUGGGCAAUUUAGCCAAUGCUAUGAGGGAAGAUCUUAAUGGUGCAAUGGAGCAUACGAACAGUAAUGAGAGUGACAGUAGUCCAGGACGUUCCCCUAUGCAAGCAAUGCACCCUGUGCAUGUCAAAGAAGAACCGUUGGAUCCGGACGAAAACGAAGGCCCGCUAUCCUUAGUGACAACAGCCAAUCACAGUCCAGAUUUUGAUCAUGACAGAGAUUAUGAAGAUGAACCUGUAAACGAGGACAUAGAAUGAAUAUGUCUGACGUCAUUAUCCUGAGAAUGAAGAUUGGAAAAACAUGUCAAAUUUAGCUGCGAAAUCUCUCCAUUAUUGUACAGUCUGGAGGAUUUUCAGUACACUUUGACAACUAUGAAAUAUGUUAACUCUUAGUGCCAUCAAGUAUCCCAUUUGGGAGUAUUUUUGAUUUUUCUACUUUUUGUUGAAAAAAGGAAUUUGUACUCUGUGCAUUGGAUGGACUUGUUUGGUACUUGGGAUUUUCCUCUCUUACAGUCAACAUCAGUGUUGUAAAUUUGCUAAACUGAUUCACUUACUCACAUUUAGCAGCAGGUUUUGGACUGCAGUCCUGCCAAUUUUGGACACUGAGGACAUCAAACUCUGAGCAUGUACACCUAACUGCAGAUCAAGCCUUUGCCCAGAUUUUAAGGAUUCCAAUGGACAAGAUAUUUGCACAGUACUGCAUGUUGGUUAUCACUGCCUUUAGUCCUUUUUUUUUUUUUUUUUUUGCUUCCAUUUGGGAUGGGGAAGGCAUGUGUGUGCGCGCGCGCGUGUGUGUGUGUGUGUGUACUGGCGAGGGGUUACAAGAAAUAUUAUCCCAAACUUUUUAAUGUAUUGCUUUUAUUCCCCCCCUCCCCCCCACUUCUGCUCUACCAUUUUAAGUUCUGACCUCAGGCCACAUCUCGGCCCAGGGCCUCUUGAAGGCCUAAUGUUUUCUGUACUUUGUGAUGAAUGUUAUUAGGUGUUUUUAUUAUACGAAGCUGAAUGUCAUUGAAUUGUUUGUAGUUUUUUCCGUCAUUCAUUCCAGUCUCCUUCAGAUGCCACCAUGUUUUCUUUAGCUGUGGAAAACAUUCCAUUUUGGUGUCUGUUUUUUUGAAAAGGUCCCAGAUGCUGCACUGUACACACCGAAGGGUCGUCCAACAGAGAGAGAGAGAAAAGAAGUACUGUAAGAAUGAGAAUGAAUGACAGAUGAACAUAGAAAUACUAUAGGAAGCAACAUAAAUUCAUUCCACAAAGCAGGGUUUUUUUAGUUUUGGUUUUGGUUUUUGAUUUUUUUGGCAGCAAUGGUGAAUAUUAGCAAAUGCCACAAAAUUGAACAGCACAAAGAAACAUAUGCAGCACCAACAGAAUUCACUUCAUUAGAGAAUGAAUACUACAGUGGCAGGCUCUCAGUUGUUUAACAUGAGUUUGAAUGGGCCAACAAAUCUUUCUGGAAUAUCUAAGAUUACCAAGAUGGGUAGCUAUACAUUUAUUAUUAUUUUUCAUUUGCAAAUAGUGGUUGGAAAGAUGACUUCAUUAAACUGUUGUAAUACGUGGUGAUGUUUCUCAGCUAAACAUCAGUUCAGGAUUGCUUGGUGGCAUUAAUCUGUUUGAAUACAAAUUAGAUUUCAGAUUGAGCUUGUUAUGGCAGUUAAUAAGGACUGAGCCCACUAAUGCUAAAGUGUUAAUAAUUUCAACUUUGCAAAUUCUGUACUGCAGUUAAGAUUGUUAUGCAAUAUUACACCAGCCAGUAUCAAAACCUCACAGUAGAAAACAGUAAAUAGCAGGAUCAGGGGGAAGGAAAUAGCACUGGGGCUUGUUUGGUAAAACUGGCAGUGCUCUUCAAAGCAAACAUUACAUACAGAAAGCUGUUGUUACAGGUCAGUACACCUUGGUCACCAAACACCUAAACACUUUCAUUCUGCAACCACUUUUCUGUCACUCAUUUAUUUAUGUAGGACUGUAGCUUUUUGUUUAAUUAUUAUUAUUUCAAAAAAAGCCUUUCAGAGCUUAAUUUAUAUUCUUCUUUGUACCUUUUCCCCCCUAAAAUUACCAAAGAUAUUACACAAAGGUAAAUUAUGUUCUCUAUUAUAUGCUUUAUCUUAUGAAGCCAAAUAUCCUCUUAUUGUUGAUCAAGGGAGGUUGAAGAAUUUAGAGGGAAAUGACAAGAUAUGGGCUAUUGCUAACCUGAGAGGGAAACUGCUCCUUUAUUCUAGUAAAUUUAGAUGGCCAAGUAGAUGACUGAACCAAAGUUACUUUUUAUUCGUAUUCCUUUACAGCGACCAAACUGAAAUUCUGUAAAGAGAAAUCGAGAAGAGCUUUUGAGGCUAAAACUAGGAAACAGUGUUACAGAGGGAGCCGUAAGAAGGGAGCUGGAGAAAGCAAGUGCAGAUAUUUCGCAGAAAAUUGGAGUAUCAAAUAAAGGAGGCAGUUCAAUAAAACACAAAAGAGAACAGAAAAGCUCCCAUAGUUUUACUGGACCACAUAAUAGUAUUCCUAGAAUUGAAAAAAAAAUAAAAUAUUUUGGGGUCUUUGUUUUUACAGAUUGUAUGCCACUUUUGUUUAAGGAUUGUGCUAAGAUGACUGCUUUAAUUUUGGUUUAUCUUGGCACAUUUGCUGAGUUUUGUUUAGUUUUUGAUCAGCAUUUUUCAUAAGGAAAUAACACUCCUGUCCACACAUAAGUUUCGGUACAAGAAAUUUUAUUGGCAGUUACUUUUCUGAAGCUCAACUCUGCAUUCUGUUUUUAAAAGAGAGAAAAGAAAAGGGAGAAAAAAGGGCAGUCUGUGGUCAUUUGAAACUUUUUUUUUUUUUUAAUUAUAUCCAGGCAGCUUCAUGAUGUGCCGGCAGUAGCCAGAUGGGGAUCAUGAGAAGUGGUCCCUAUGCUUCUAAACUGAGUGGUUUGCUGGUUAGUUCGGUAUUCAAAAGAGGAUAAAAAUCUGGUAGAUUAGUUCAUUCUCAGCAUGUGUAGCUAGACAUGAGUAAAGAUAACAGCAUGAGAAACUGUUAGUACGCAUACCUCAGUUCAAACUGUUAGGGAAUGAGUAAAUAAAAAAUACAUUUCACUCAGUUGCACUUAGUUGUAUGUCUUGCAUGCUUAGUCUAAAGACUGUAGCAAAAUAAAGAAAGAAAAAGAGAAAAAGAAAUAAAAAUUAGAUUUUAACAUAUCUGGCAGGUGUCACAGCCUUGCAGAAGAACCAACUGAAAAUCUCAGGCUUUACAUCAAGCAAACUUCACUAUGAUUUUUACAGUUCUGAUUCUGUAUCCCUUUGGAUAUACAGUUGCUUCUUUAGGGUGGGGUUUAUUAUGUUGUACAUAUAUAUCCCAAUGUGUCUGUGUGAGCCUUUGUCUUUUUGGGGGGGAGGGAGGGCGAAAAGGGGAAAAGGUCCUUUUUUUUUUUUUUAGAUACCAUUCCUCAAAAGGAAUAAAUGCAUACCUGUUUGUCAAAACACCUUUUGCUUUUUGUGCAACUGCUUUAUAUUAACUAUACUAAAAAAAAAAUAGCUUUGGAAAAAAAAAACCUACUGUAUGUAAUGGAAUUGCAGAAUAUGCUGCACAUGUAUUUUAUUUAGUUAUCCUUGCUUUAAGAAUAUUGGAUGACAUUUGCUGACAUGUGGGAGAAAAUCCCUGACUUUUUUUUUUUUUUUGCUUUUAAAUUGUAACAUAGUUGACAGAUUUUUUUUUUCUCCUGUUAUCAUUGAUCGAAGCCGCUUUUGUACAGUUUGUGUUAAGCUGGGUUUUUUUUUGUUUGGUUUUUUUUUUUAUACUUUCCCACCCCUUCUGUUAUCUUACCACUGCCAUUUCUGGCUGUCUUAAACAAAGGUUCGUGCAUUUGAAAAGAAAAAAAAAAGUUGUUUUAAAAAUGUUUUUCUCCUGCUGCAGUAAAUAUUUUGCAUGAUGAAUUCCAGGGUCACACUUUCAAAGUUUAUCAGUGAAGUAGUGAUUAAUAAUGGGGCGUGUCAAACUAUUGAACUUUUGUAUAAAGAAAAAAAAACUUUACAAGGUGCCAAGAUGUAAAGACAAUUUGUUACAUGUUUUUUUUCUCAAAGAAAAGCGUACAUUAUGAAAGUAGUACCAUGUAUCAGGUAAAUCGCUGUCAGGAAUGAGAGUCAAAGCCUUCCUUGUCCACAAAGAAAAGUUUGUAAAUGUAAAACCUGUUAGGUUUCUGCAUUUGACUAGAAAUGAUAUGAAAAAUCAAGGCUUAUGUAGAACAACGGUGACCACAAAAUAUUACCUUUUUUGAUUGUCGCUUAUGAGAGUUCAAGUAUAAUUCCCAGCACUCUUCUUAAACUCAGAUUUUGGGGGAGAGAAUGGGGCAGGGUUUGUGAUUCUACAGAUACUGCAGAUCAUUAGAUAUUUUAUAUAUACGUAUGUAUAAAAGUUUUUAAAAUAAUUUUAAACUAUUGUAGUUUUCAGAUUGCCAACAAGCUACAUUCCUUAUAGCGUGACGAAUGUGUUAAACUCUUUUGAAAUCCUUUGGUACCUUUGGUUAAUGUACUCAGACUGAAUUUUUAGAUGUUUCAGAAACCACUUAGCGUUCUAGUCUUGAGAGUUAAAUUUGCAGGUAUGACUGCAUUUUAAUGGACCCAGAGUAGGUAACAAAAUAUCUUCUACCCAUAAGCCUUGAUGAAAAUGGUACAGUCCAGACUGUUAGCAUGGUGCUUCAUGUGUAUGUGCUGCCAGUAACGAGAUUUUUUUUUGAUAAGGCAUAAAAGAAACUCAUUCCUUACAUCAACUGUAAUUCCAUCAUUCCAUGUCUGUUGAUACAGACAAUAAAAAACGUUGUGUAGUCAGUACUAAUUACUGACAUUAUAGCAUUCUCAAAUGCAAUAAAAUGCUGGUUGCUCACACUGGUAA